AUGCAGUUGGAUUCUUCACAGAUGGGCGGCCAUCGGCUUGGCCACGUUCAAUUCGGUUCGGUCACCUCGGUUUCAACGCAAAUGUACUCUGCCACAGCAUCGCCCACAGAGGGGCAUGCGUCAUUUGUUGCCAACGGCGCGAAUAGGAUUCGAAAAGAUGGCUUUGACAUUUCCAUGGGUGGUGUGACUACAUUAGGGCAGUCUAGUUUGGAAACCAUGCCAUCCAAUUCCAUUGGCGCAGCAUAUGGACAAGCGGCGGCGGCGGCGACCUCUUCCAGCGUGGGCGCCUUGUCCCAUCAGGCACAAGGACCUCAACUGCACCAUCACCACCACCUUCCAGAUCUAGGACAUUUAUCCAAAUCCAUGCGUCGAGAUGAUGGCAGUGGAGCACCAAGUAUGGUCGGUCAAGUAGGCAUGCCACCACCAGCUCCACGUCCGCGGGGUCCGAAGCUCAAGUUUACCGCCGAGGAUGAUCAGCUUCUUAUAGAGCUUAAGGAACAAAAGAACUUGACAUGGAAGCAGAUUGCCGACUUCUUCCCUGGGCGUUCCUCAGGGACGUUACAAGUUCGUUAUUGUACCAAGCUGAAGGCGAAAACAACACAGUGGACCGACGAAAUGGACCAUAAACUUCGCACUGCAUUGGCCGAUUAUGAGAAUGAAAAGUGGCGUAUCGUUGCCCACAAGGUUGGUUCGGGAUUUACACCAGCGGCGUGCAGGGAACGUGUCUUGGAACUCAUGGGCGCCGACGACCCCGAUACUACAUGGCAGUCAAUGUCACCGAGGUCCGCUUCAGCAGCUGAGGAAUCGGACACGACGGAGCUGCCACAAAUUCACCGGCCGUGGCAUGGAAAAAACGAAUUUUGA